UGUAUUUCAAAAGUAUUUAUAUGACAGAUUCACUUACAAUAAUUUCUCCAUUUUCAAUAAAUACUCUGUGCUAAAAGUGACAAGAAUUGAAUCUCAAGAAGUUUCACAAAUAUUAAAAUCUUAUAAAAAUGACUAAUUGUUUUGAAAAUAUAUCAAUCCCUCCAUGUAUUUGGUUUGAAGCUGGAGAUAAAAGAAAUACAUACGCUUCAAUAGUUGCAGGAAUACUGUUUUUUUCUGGUUGGUGGAUUCUAAUUGAUGCAGCAUCAGUAUAUCCUGGAUCACUUAGUGCUGCACAUCAUGUUUGUGGUGUUUUUGGAACCAUUAGUUUAUUCAUGGUGAAUUCAGUAUCUAACGCACAGGUUCUUGGUGAUGCAUAUUCAGGAGGUUGUAUGGGUCCUCGAGGAGCUAGAGUUUGGUUAUUCCUAGGUUUUGUAAUUGGUUUUGCAUCUGUAAUUGCAGCUUGUUGGAUCAUGUUUGCAGACUUUGUGUCAGCAGCCGGAGAUGGACAUACUUAUCCUGGUGUAGGUCUUCUGUUACAAAACUUAUUAAUUUUUUUGGGAUCCCUUGUAUACAAAUUUGGAAGAUCUGAAGAAUUAUGGGGCUAAAUAGCUUAUAGCUUAUUUCCAUUAAAGUGACUUAAAACUAAAAAUAAGAAAUUUUGGGUUAGAACAAGAU